CGAGGGUGACUCUCAGUUGGAAAUACCCUAGACCUCCCCGUCUGACAGGCUUGCUGUGAGCCCUAUUUCCCUAGGCUAAUAGAAGGACGAAACACGAUUCAUGGUAGGCAUAUCUACCACAGCUCCCGUAGCCGCGUCGAGAAAUGUCCAGCGCGUUCUCGCUCGUGUCCGGCCACGACAGAAAACUCGGGUCGAUUUCCCGGACCAAUCUCGCUGGCUUGUCCGAUCAUAACUUCUCCGAAUAGACCUCUUGGUUUCCGUGGCUCGGAGGUCAUAUACGGGGUUUUGAGAGACACUUUGCACCGCCGGGUACCUCGAUGUAGCACCGCAGCUUUUUUCGCAGCGAUAUAUCACAUCUCAUGUCUUUCGUAUCGGAGGGGCUUCGAUGCACAUGUAUCUUAGUAACCACGCGAACGGGUGCCAAUCAUCUCGAGGACCGCGCGCGCACUGCCUGGAGGAGGGGGAGGAGGCGGGGAGGCGCGUAUUACGCGACUUAUCGGCGGUCGAUUGAGGUUCAUGGCCAACGCAAGAGGGGAGAAGAAGAAAACGGACAGAGGGGACGAUUACCGCUUCAGUCGACGAACCAAAGGUGUAGAGGAGACUUCAUCGCCCGCUACGGAUGCCGACAGCUAUUAUAGAGAGCUUAUCCCUUAGAGUGAAAAUGCAGGCUUUGGAUGUGGCACGGGAUGACCUCAAUGCCCCCGCGAUCAUCUGCGCGGAGAAUAUCGCGGCUCUACAUCUUCUUCAUCCCAUCCCUGCCCUGCCAUCUCGCAACUCGGUGGCGAAUAGUCAUGAUAGGUCGAAAGGCUAUACCUUACCUCUCGAAACCGAGCGUCGACUUUGCGGCACGCUCGCUUUCCUCGCGCGCCCAAACCAUAACGCCAACCACAUCACAGCCGUCUGCAUCGAGGAAGAUGGGAAUGCAGGUUCCUUGAAUGUCUUGAUUGCCAUAAACAAAGCCAAGCCAGACGACGGGAAACAUGUCCUAGGGCAGUUGAAGAGAAGUUUCGAGGAUAUUUUCUCUCUCCUCGGUAAAAUAGACAGUGCUAAGGACUCCGCCUCUGAUACAACGGACGGCGUGCUGGGGGUCAUCGUCUCUAUGUGCUCGAAGCGCAUCCUCGAACGUUUAGAAAUGGUCAGAGUCAGCAUCGGACUUGCGCUGGGAUAUCUUGGCAAUAUCCGGCAUGAUCACAUCCAGGAGCCCGAGAUUUCCAAUACACUACGCCCGUUCAUCGAGCGGGCGACGGAGUUAUCGACGCUCAUGGGCUCUUGGGAAAAAGACCAAACACAACAACGGCUUCAGGAGGUGGUCAAGGGCGUAUACCGCCUGAAACAAGCUGGACGUAUACAUGCUCUCAUCGAAAUCAUCCCUAACAAGGUUAUGAACCCAUCCUUGAGAAGUAGCUUCGAGGACAAGAUCAACAAAGUGGCCCGAUACCGCGAAGCAGCCAGGUACCUGUGCCGCAAGGCGAAAAAGAUACCACAGGUUCGAAAUAUGCGCGUUGUGCUCGCCGAGCCGCCUAGAGAAGCAUUCGAAAGAGUCCCGGUCGACAAAUACGCUCCGGCACUCCAGGCCGCUAUCCUCCGCAUCGACGGGCUGAAGGAGGGCGAGACGAACCUCGGAACCAUGUGCCGCCUGCUGAGCAGCACGGUAGAGAAGGCGAGUUCUGGCUUCGUGGAGCAGGCCCGGAAGACCCUGGAAGAAUCCAAGAUCCACGCCGAGAUCCAGCUGCUGUACUGGUGCAGCCUCAAGGCGUCAGGCGCGCGGUCUUAUCCGCAUCCGCGGGUCGUCUGCUCGUGCAAGGACGCGUGCUGGCUGUGCAACGAGUUCGUCCUCACGUACGCCGGGGUCCACACGCCGGGGACCCACGGCAAGCUGUACCCGGGAUGGCGGCUGCCGGCGCUCGGCGGGCCCGAGUUCGACGGCCUGGCCGAGAGCUUCAACCAGCGCCUGGAGAAACGCGUGCGCGAGAGCGUCAGGGACCUCAUCCACGGCAAGGGGUUGCCAAAAUAUACCGGCCCAAACGAGAGCACGCUGCUCACGCUGUCAGCAUCGACGCUGCUGUCGGCGCCUCCAUCCCUCAGCGCGAUGGAAACGGUAACGCCAGAGCCGGAACCAAUAGCGAACGACAUAUAUGAUGGGGAAUAUACGGAGGGGGAUAUCGCCGCAUCUGGAGGUGAACCGGCACCGGGAUCGGCAGUUUCCGACAUACCAGGAGGCGCCGAAGAAGCCCCUCCAGAAGUCGAGCCGGCUAUCUCGCUCGCUACAUCCCCGCCACCUCCCGCAGAGCGAGAAGACGACAGCCGUGUUGGACAUCCGAGCCCUCAGGUCUACUUACCGCCGCCCCUCCCAUCUUCUCCCUCUCCCACUUCCUCCUUCGAGAACAGCCCUAUUGUAUCCCCGACAACUGCCGUAGAGCCGGAGGCCGACGGCAGCCCUGCACUUCCAGACCCUCAGGUCUCCUCAUCACCGCCCCUCGCGUCUUCUCCCCCUCCCGCUUCCCCCUCCGCCUCCGGGGGCGGCCCCACGGCGCCAGCCGGGGGGGCGAUGACGACGAAGCCGCUGCGGCGCGGCGGCACGAGGUCGGCGGCGGUCGCCGCCGGCGGGACGUCGCCGCUCUUCGCCGCGGGGCGCGCGCUGGAGAUCCAGAUCGAGCACGUGGGCAGCCCGGGCGCGGACCCGACGGCGGGCGCUGAGGAGAAGGCGCUCGUUUGCGACAUCGAGUGGCUGGCGCCCGGCGACGCGGAGGGCCGGGCGGCGCGGGUCGUCGACGCGGCGGCGCUCGGCGAGGGCGAGGAGGUGUCGCUGACCGCGGGCGCCGCGGGCGCGGACGGGUGCGUGUACAUCCGCGCCGGCGACGCGGUGCUGCGGGUUGUGCUCGAGGCUGGCGGCGGCGGCGGAGGUUAUAUGGAGUUGGUUUGCGCUGUCGACGAGGAGAGGGAGCGUAGGAUCGUGAGCUCUAUGAUGAUGACUUUACAUCACCUACAUUCAGACUGCAUGAGCCUAAUUCCCCCGUGA